UGACUAAGCUGGCGGGAAAAUCACGACCUUUUAAAUGGAAAAGAGGGAAACAGAUUGUCAAAUCGAACCUCAGUCGCUGAAGCUCGCUCCCGUAAUCGAUCCCCUAGGGCUUGGAAGGCGUAGCAUCCAGAGACGAUGGCCAUGUUCGGAAGCCAAUUCGACGGCGCCGCCGCUUUCUCCGGCGGUGGUUUCAUGCCCUCUCAGUCCACUACGCAGUUCGCCGAUCCCUCUUCCGUCUCUCCUGCCAAAAGUCGUGACACCCAGUCUUUGCUUCCUGUGACAGUGAAGCAGAUAAACAAUGCCUUGGUAUCACAUGACGAAAAAAUCAAUGUCCUUAUUGAUGGUGUUGACGUGACUAAUGUGACUCUGUUGGGUAUCGUCUACAAUAAAGCUGAAAGAGUUACUGAUGUUACUUUUUCCCUUGACGACGGGACAGGGCGGAUUGACUGUAAUAGAUGGAUCAAUGAACCUUUAGAUACCAAUGAGAUGGAAGGAAUCCUAUAUACUGGAGUGUUUUACAGAGCGAGUCUAUCAGUGAGGCUGCUUACUUUACUUCUCUGCUUUCUCUUUGGAAGCCAAUUUCAUAUUGCAUGCACGAUUGGUUCCUGUAGAAAUGGUCAUGGCAGAUUCUGCUGCAAAAUUAUCCUGGAUGGGAUGUAUGUCCGGGUUCACGGACACUUGAAGAGCUUUCAAGGCAAAAGACAGCUCAAUGCUUUCUCUAUUAGGCCUGUGACUGAUUAUAAUGAGAUUGCAAGUCACUUUAUUGAGUGUGUCUAUGUGCAUGUAUAUAACACCAGGCUACAGAAACCUCAGGUUGGUGCCAGUGUGCAGCCUCAGAUGACAAAUCCAAUUAUGAGCAACUCCAUGAAGCCACAUCCAGCACCCCCACCAAAUCAGCAUACCCUCGAUGGAUUCAGUCAGAAUGUCCAAUUGGUUAUGGAUUGCUUUAAUCGGCCUGAAAACCUGAGAUCGGAUAGGGGUGUACACGUCAAUGAUAUUGCUCAGCAAUUGGGUCUUCCAGUGGAUAAGAUCAGGGAAGCUAUCCGCUAUUUGGAAGAGGAAGGUUUGGUUUACUCGACAGUUAACGACAACCACUACAAAUCUACUACCAAUGCGUGAUGUCCAUGUUUUCCCCUAUAUGGCUUUCAGGAGUAACAUUCUGAAGCAGUCUCCUCCUGCUCUACUCUUUAGCAUGCCUGGCAGAGUGGGUAAAAGAAGACCUACAUCUUUAGCUUGUAAUAAAGCCUUUUGUUGUUCAACUUAUCUUUGUCAUGUACAUAGCGGGGCUGAAAUUUUGCAUAUCUACCUUCCAGCAGUGACGUAUAGAUUGUGUAU